CGGGCACGCUAACUAACGUAAUCCGUGCAUUGCACCGACGUACAUAUUCCAUUGAGCCUCGGUACCGCUUUUUCGACAUUGCUUUUGAAUCGACUUUUGCUGCGUCGCAACAUUCCUUCACCAGCAUCACGACCAGAAGAGCUGAUUACUGAGCGCUCACUAUCCCGGCGGCAUCCUGAAUUCAUCAUCCCCAACCCCAACUAGAUUCGCCGAAAUGCCCUCCUACACCUCCAUUCACCUAGCAGAGCGCCCCAAAGACCAGAUUCUCCCCGGCAAAACCUUCACAGCAAAGCAGCACCCCGUUCCGAGCGCCUCAACCCUCAAAGAUGGCGAAGUCCUCUUCCAAACACUAUACCUUUCCCUCGACCCUGCAAUGCGCGGGUGGCUAAACGACACGCGCUCCUACGUACCGCCCGUCAAGAUCGGCGAGGUGAUGCGCGGCGCGGCAAUCGGCAUCGUGCUUGCAUCAAAGUCGCAGAAAUUCCCUGUUGGCACGUACGCUAGCGGCACGGUGGGCUGGACCGAGUACGCAGUUGUCAAAGAUAAGCUGCUCCAGGCGCUGGAUCUUCCCGAAGGUGCGGUACCAACGGAUGCGCUCAGCGUGUUGGGUAUGACCGGCCUGACGGCUUAUUUCGGCAUUCUGGACGUCGGACAGGUGAAGAAGGGGGAUUUCGUUGUGGUCUCGGGAGCUGCAGGUGCCACUGGUAGCGUUGUUGGCCAGAUCGCGAAGAUCAAGGGCGCGACGGUGUUGGGGCUGGCGGGUGGUGACGACAAAGUAAAGUGGCUGAAGGAGGAGCUGGGUUUCGACUAUGCCCUCAACUACAAAGAUGCGGACUUUGCGAAGAAGUUUAGAGAAGCAACGAAGGGGCUGAUCGAUGUUUACUUCGACAAUGUCGGUGGAGAUAUCCUCGAUCUGGCUCUCGCCCGAGCAAAGCCGCAUGCACGGUUCGUCAUGUGCGGUGCCAUCAGCCAGUAUAAUAAGAGCAAGCCGCAGGGACCUAAGAACUACCUAAUGAUCAUAUCCAUGCGGAUACGCAUGCAAGGCUUCAUCGUAUUCGAUUACGAGAAGCAGUACGCUGAAGCCCGGAAGGAACUGGCACAAUGGCUGUCGGAAGGCAAACUGAAGCGCAAGGAGACGAUUGUCAAGGGCGGUCUGACAAAAGCGGAACAGGCCCUCGUCGAUUUGUACAAUGGAGUAAACACUGGUAAAUUGCUCGUCGAAGUUGCGAAGCCUGACGAUGUGAAGCCGAAACUGUAAAUUAGUUACUUGAUGAGUUAGGUCACUAUGUAAGAGUUUACAGCAGAACGAAUUCUGGAAAAGAAUGAAUCUUGAAUAUUUCAACG